AUGGGCUCAAUACUAUCGAAACUUUUCGGUGGUGGUGGCAAUCACAGCCACGGCAGCGGUGCUCAACAGCAACCGCCGCCACCAGCACUUUUGCCACCGACUGGUGGUGCUUCAACUUCAACUUCUUCGCAGCAUCAGCAGCAAUCCUCAGCAGGCACUCCUCUUCCUCGAUCCACCAGUAGCGCAUCAUCAAAGCACCCACCAACACCGACGGCAGUGGAUGGCCUAACGACGUCAGUCCCACCUGCCCCCAUCAACAUACUCGAGGUGGAGGUGGACGAGGAGGCGUUCAAAGAGGUCGUUUCUCCGCCAAUCUACACGAGCACCAUCAAGGCGCAGAUUGCCCCCUCGCCGCCGCAUCCCCUGGAGCUGCAGCAGCACGGAGCAGCACCGAAGCCGAUUCUGGUGUCGCACCUGGCCACUGUGGACGUGCCCAACGGUCGCCAGCAAGCAGCGCCCAUUGCCACGCUCGACUCUGAUUACGAGGACGAGCAGCUAAUCCUAGAGCAGGAGAGCGCCGAGAUUGAGGAGGCGGUCAUCAAGAUUCAGGCGGGCGUUCGCGGCUACCUGGUGCGCAAGCACCACGCCAAUCAGUCAGCUAAAUUGCCCAUUAAGUCAAUCAGUCUCGAUGAGUCGCAACAGCAGCAGCAAUCGCCCGAGAAUAUUCUCCCGCCGCCGGAAAGCUUUGAGAGCAUUGUGGCAAUCUCAGCAGUCAGUAACAGCAGCAAGCCGCUGUCGAUUCAGUCGAAGCACCGCGUGGAGACGCCAAUUCCCGGCUCACCGCCCUUUGCUCAAGACGACACCAACUACCGCAUUCUGGACACUGACGUUGACAUACUUCAGGAGACAGUGCAGUCAGUCCAGUCAACGACGGUGGUGCCGCUGAUUGCCAACCCCGAGGAGCUGGAGAUCUUCAAGAAGAUUAAUGAGAUCAAUCAGCUGCUGGCCAGCAAGGACGACGACGAGGCAAUUGCAGUGAUUCCUGAGCCGCCAAAGCAGCAGCCGCAGCCACCAGUGGCCAAUUUGCACCAGUCAACUGCUGCGACUACAAUGAACUCUGCCGUCAGCUCAAGCAGCAUCAACAAGGCCCUCAGUGAACUGGAUCAGACGAUUCACGAGCAGGAGAUGAGUCUGCCUCCGGAAGAAGAGGAUGUGGUUGAUGCUAAAAAGGAUGAUGAGGUGAUUGUCCUGGAGUCGGCGUUCUCCGAUGUCCCCCUCAGCGAGCCCUCCUCAACGGUUCCUCCCGUGCCGAUGAGUCCCUCGGUGCUAGUGAAGGCGCCGUCACUUGAUGAGGAGGAGGUGCCCGAGGAAGAAAGCCUUCUCGGAGAGUCUCUGCUUUCGGAGACGGCCGCCGCCAUUCGCAUUCAGGCCGCAUUUCGUGGCUAUGAGGUGCGGAAGUCGCUCUCCCGGGAAGUGUCACCGGCCAGAAGUACUGAGGAGGAGAAGGUGGUCGUCGUGGAGGAGAUGGCUGAAGUUAAAGUGGCUGAACCCAAAGAGGAGCCAGCUCAGUCCCAGCCAGCAGCCGCACUAACUGAACCUGUGCCCGCUGCUGCAGCUACGGAAACUGAAGAGUCAAAAGGCGGUGAAGCUGCAAAGCCAACGGCGGAAGAUUUUGCCGAAGUCCUCUCCCUUAUUCCUCAGCCCGUCAAUGAGGAGCUUAUUCCAGUGAUGGAGCUCUCUGAUCAGGACAUUAUUGAAGACUAUGUCGAGGAGAAGCAACCGGAAGGUGAAGAGAAAUUGGCAGAUAAUGCUCAAAUAAUAACAAGUGGAGGGGAAGAGCAGCAGCCCAAACAGCCACAGCAGCAGCCUGCAACUGAUGCUGACGUGAAUGUCGCCGUUAAAGAGGGAUUUGGAACGCUGGCUUCAUCUGCCAAGGCAGCCGAAGCUGUUGUGGUGGUGGCCACUGCAGAGGAGAAGAAGGAGGAGAAGGCAACUGCAGCAGCAGCACAGGUGCCAGUACCGGACAUUGAGAAGUCCAUCAAGGAGCUGGAG